AUGCGACCAAUCAAAUUCAAUGCCGCGAAUGCACGAAUUUUGGCUAAACUGGCCGUUAGUCGAAGCAAGGAGGGCCGGAGACUGACAGAAAUGCAAACACCCCACCAGUUCAACACGAUUACAGAAGAGGAAUUGCAGAGCAUCCGUUUGAAGAUAAACAUGAGAGAACGUCAACGGAUGCAGGACUUGAACCGUGCGAUGGAUGAACUUCGGUGAGUACGAGCGAAACCUCUCGCAUCGUAGCCAUUCUCUAAGUUGUAAAUCUGAGACAGGAAAUAAAUAUACUGGUUUUAUUGUGGAUCGGAAUGUCGACUGUGUUGCGUAGGUCUAAACGACAAAGUGACUUUAGGAAGCUAGGGGCUAUAGUGUGUACAUGGCAAGCAGAACAAUGCCGGACACGGCAGAAUAUCGCGAAACACGUAUCUGGGCUUUAAGCUAGCACCUAUGUCAGGUGUACGUUAUGAUAUCUUUGCCAUGUAGAUUUCAUACCCGUUGUUUGCAGAAUGACCAUUACAUGGUUACUUCACGGUCGGAUUGUCUUCAAAUCGAAUGUUCAAUAAAAUUUCAGAUCUGACCCUAAAAAGGCAUGUUCCGCAGACUUAACUCCAUGUCCUGAACUGAAUAAUUUUUGAAAUUACUAGUCUGAUUACUCUCUGGAGUCCGUAUACCAGAAAUCGCAUAGAAAACGCUGGAAGACCCACUGAGAUGCCGAAACCCUCUCAGCUGGGUCAUGCAGCGGUACAAUAUGGGCGGAACAUAUGUCUGGGCUUUCGGCUAGUAUUUAUGUCGGGAGUACGGUAUAAUACCUUUACCAUACAUACAUAAUGCAUGUACCAAAUUGCUGUUAAUGCUUAUGCGAUGUUACCUUUCCUUUUAUGUGAUUCGCUUUUCAGCACCGUAAUGCCCUAUGAGUGCAAGCCACAGGGCCGCAAACUAUCGAAGAUUGCCACCUUGGAACUGGCCAGACAGUUCAUCCUCCAAUUACUUCGAGAAAAGCACGAACUGGAGGUAAAACUUCAGGAAAUCGUGAUUGCUUUCAACCUGAUCAACUCGCGAAGCCAGUACUGCCACCACCAACAGGAUCCUUCCUUGGUCGGGGGAUAUCAUUCGUCAGUUCGUCGCGGUUCUUCAGUAGACAUGCCUCCGGACUGGAUGCCGAUGGUGCCAGCUGGAACCUCGGAGGCAUCACUCAGUCUACAUUCCACAUGUUUCUCCCUCCCCUCGCCAUUCUCCUCCUCAUCUCCGGUGGGGGAAAGGGAGGUGGAACGAGGAUUGCUGGACUCAAAAUCUGUCGCCUUCCAUCCCUUCCCCAGAAUCCACGUGGAAUAUCCUUCCACUGCGACCACAGACGGCGACUGA